UCUAAUUUUGCAAGCGCGACGGACCACAACCAGAAUGAGGAGCGGUGGUGUCCCUGUCUCUCCCUCUCGCUGCCUGAACCAAAUAGCAGCUCGUUAGGCCGCGGAGGCGGAGAUUUCAGUCGCGCCGGUGGUUGCUCGACGGAGGAGGGGAAAGGGAAGGGCUGAGCCUUGUAGUGGCGAAGAUGGAGGCUGCGCGUUCGGCGACAGAGCUCAGUCCGGAGGAGGAGAGGGUCCUCAUCAGGGAUCUCACCAUCGCGGCCGAAGCUCUCGCGAAGGAGGGCGACACGUUCUUCCUCAUCACCCAGAGGUGGUGGCAGUCUUGGCUUGAUUAUGUGAAUCAAGAUAUGGCUAGCAACUCCGUCAAUGGUUCUCAUCAUCUUGAUUCAGGUUCUCCGAGCACAAAAAGACCUUUAGCUAUUGACAAUUCUGAUUUAAUAUAUGAUGCUUCGUCAGAAGUGUCAAAUGUGGAAACUGAACUCCAUGAUACUUUAGUAGAAGGACGCGAUUACAUAUUGCUUCCUCAACAAGUUUGGGAAAAGUUGAAUGGCUGGUAUGGGGGUGGUCCAACAUUGCCACGAAAGGCCAUAAACACUGGUCUUUCUCAGAGUGAUUUAGCCAUAGAAGUCUAUCCUCUGCGCCUUCAAUUAUAUUUGGUGCCAAGGGGAGAAAGAGCAAUUAUUAGAAUAAGCAAGAAGGUUUAUACCACAAACUACUAUUACUAUAUUCAUUACUUUGUCAAAUUUUUUGUGCCAUUGUUUAAGCGCUUGCUUAAGUCCGUAUAA